AUGAUGCCAGGUCACAGUAAUAAUAAUAAUAUCAGCAUCGGAGCAAUGCCAUCCUCAUCUUCAUCGUCAGCAAACUCAGGUGGCCACUUGCAUUCUAUUGGCCAGGAAAAUGCCAUCCUGAUUCCUCUGAUCCAGCGGGUGAUGUCACCAUCAGAUUGUACAGUUAGCCAGUCCACGCUCAAAAGCCCAACGUACAUGGACACCUCAAACAACACUGAUGAUGAUCAGUCUCUCCACUCCACAAUGCAAGAGUCAGGGGUUAUCACCUCUGCAGAGGUCGUUAUGGACUCUGCACUGGACAGCAGUGACCUGACCACCCUUCAUCCUGUUGCCAUGGAAACUAGGGAGAUGGUGAACUGCCAGAAUGCAGCUGUGUCUAGCG